CAUAGUUAGAAGCUUUGAUAAUGAGAAAACAGAAGUUUUAGCAGAAACUUUCUGAGGGGUCAGUGAAUAAUUUCCUGAUGACUGGCCCGAAGGCGUAUCUCAUCUACUCCAGCAGCGUGGCGGCCGGGGCUCAGAGCGGCAUUGAGGAGUGCAAGUUCCAAUUCGCAUGGGACCGCUGGAACUGCCCCGAGAGAGCGCUGCAGCUCUCCAGCCACGGCGGGCUGCGCAGUGCAAACCGAGAGACAGCCUUUGUCCAUGCCAUCAGCUCGGCGGGCGUCAUGUACACGCUGACGAGGAACUGCAGCCUUGGGGACUUCGACAAUUGCGGCUGUGAUGACUCCCGCAAUGGACAGCUCGGGGGACAAGGCUGGCUGUGGGGUGGCUGCAGCGACAACGUGGGCUUUGGAGAGGCCAUUUCCAAGCAGUUUGUGGAUGCCCUGGAGACGGGACAGGAUGCCAGAGCGGCCAUGAACCUGCACAACAACGAAGCUGGCCGGAAGGCGGUGAAGGGGACCAUGAAGCGGACCUGCAAGUGCCAUGGUGUGUCAGGCAGCUGCACCACCCAGACUUGCUGGCUGCAGCUGCCCGAGUUCCGGGAGGUGGGCACGUACCUGAAGGAGAAGUACCACAAGGCCCUGAAAGUGGAUCUGUUGCAAGGGGUGGGCAACAGUGCGGCCAGCCGGGGGGCCAUUGCUGAGACCUUCAGCUCCAUCUCCAAGAAGGAGCUGGUCCACUUGGAAGACUCCCCCGACUACUGCCUGGAGAACAAGACCCUGGGGCUGCUGGGGACCGAGGGCCGGGAGUGCCUCAAGCGGGGCAAGGCCCUGAGUCGGUGGGAGAAGCGGAGCUGCCGGCGGCUGUGUGGGGACUGUGGGCUGGUCGUGGAGGAGAGGCGGGCCGAGAUGGUGUCCAGCUGCAACUGCAAGUUCCACUGGUGCUGCGCCGUGCGGUGCGAGCAGUGCCGCAAGAGGGUCACCAAGUACUUCUGCGUCCGCAAGGAGAAGCGGGAACGGAGUGGGGGUGGCAGGGCCACUCGCAAACUCAAGAGGAAACCCUAAUGCCAUCCUGGUGCCCUGUCUCCUGCCCCCCAGCAGCAUUCUCUCCUGGCUCUGUUCUGUUCCCCAGCACAGCCCCAAGAAGGCGUCGGCUCUUGGGCACUGUCCAGCUGGUGCUUGAAACGGUGCCUCUGAUGACUAUGGCAGGCCACAGGCUGCUG